GGCUCCGCAGCUCGUUACUAAGGUCAGCUGAGUAAGUGCAGUAGUUUAGGGGUUAAAACAAUAAACAGCACGCGACCAUUGUGAUCAGUUCCUCCACACAGCCUGCCGACUUUCUAAAAUAGUGUUCGUUUGUGUUUCACUAAGCGUUAUUUUGAAGGGGCGUGUCCUCUGAAUGUGUUAUUUUGAGUUCGAGAUCCUGGUUCGGUGUCUGUUGGUUUUCUCUCUUCUGUUGUCUUCGUGCUGGUUUUGCUGUGUUGUGUAUUAUUCAUGAAUGCUGUUUGGAGGCGGGCGCGCUGACUCUGAAGACCCAUGCCUCCUCCAGUGUCAGCCUGAAAAAUGAUAGAGAUGUCAUUUGACAAAGAAACUGUUUUAUCUUGUGAGGGGCAAACAGACCCCACUUCCCAACAGCACUCAGAACUGACUAGAAACGAUACCAGCACUCUCUAUCCAUCCGGGAAGACCACGGUUAUAAACCUCAGCAAAGGGCCUGGCGAAGAGGCAGGGAGUGAGACAUCGCUGGAAGACCGAGAGAAAACCGCUACCACAGAUAACAAUGCUAUAAGUGAAAGUGGGGUUGCUGGGGUCGAAUCGUCUGCACAGAAUGGCACCCAGCAGCCCAAACCUCAACAGCAGAAAGUCAGUAAGCGGCGCAGUACGAUGAGCGCUGGAUUCAAACACCCCGGUUAUGGUAAACGCCGCCGCCGUGCCAACUCUGAGAGCGAGUCGGUCUUGCCAACCAAUUUCCUGCUGGGCGGGAACAUUUUUGACCCACUCAACCUUAACAGCCUUUUGGAUGAAGAGGUGAACCGGGCUCUCAACGCAGAGACGCCCAAGUCCUCGCCAUUGCCAGCCAAAAGCAGAGACCCUGUAGAGAUCCUGAUACCCAGAGACAUCACAGACCCCCUGAAUCUCAACUGCCCAGGUGCAGGGGACAGCAGUCUGUUGGUGUCUCCCCUGAAAAGUGGCGGAGGCAGGCGUAGACAUCGGAACAAGCACCAUGGAGCGAGCGCUGGGAAAGCUUCUGGUGAAGGAAUAGUCGCACAGAUCGAUUUACCAGAGUCUAAUGGCAGUGCAGCAGGACAAGAUGAGGGAACAACAGCGCUCUCCUUACCGCCUCCGCACUCAGGCCCUGUGGCGGACACACUUGUUCCUGAGGACCAAACCCAGUCGGACUCGACUCUUGAGGCUCAGAGUUCAAAUAAGCCCAGUUUAACCACAAACGGUGGUGAAAUGAAGGAAAAAACCAUUGACAUGUCAACCGCACCUCCAUCCACCAACCCUCCAUCAAGCAGGCAGCGCAAACGCAGGCGGGCCGGAAGCAGACUGGAGAACGCAGACAGUUCAGAUGGAAUGAGAAAUUGGGGUCAAAGAUCUGGGUGGCAUUUUCAGCCCUCUCACACCCCAGGAUCGUGCUCUCGUAGCGGAUCUGCAGAAAGGCCGCAACAGCAUCCAAACCACUGGAGGUCGCAGAGCAACCAGCACCAACAACAGACUAAACAGAAGUUUCAGUAUGGCAACUAUAACAAAUACUAUGGUUAUCGCAACCCUGGGCUGAGCGAGGAUCCUCGUAUCCAUGUUAUGAAUCCCGAGUGGUUCAGAGGGAAGGAGGUUUUAGAUCUGGGUUGCAACACCGGCCACCUGACUCUAUCAAUCGCCAAAAAUUGGCGACCGGCUCGGAUUGUGGGCCUGGAUAUCGACGCAGCGCUGAUACAUGCUGCUCGGCAGAAUAUACGCCACUACCUCUCUGAGGUUCACACGCAGCAGGCCAGACGCGCUGAGGAAAAUGGGGAGGGGAAUCGAGGAGAAGGGAAGGAGGGGGAUUUAGUGGAAGAAAAGAGUCAGAGGAAGGAGAAAGACGAAGAGAGUUUAGUUGCGAAAGAGGAGGGGGGUGAGGACAAAACAAAGCAUGUGGAUGAAGUGAAUGAAUGCAUGGUCGAAGAAGGAAUGGAAGUUGGUCGAGAAGAAAGGGAGAAUAAAACCACAGAGGCUGAAUGGGGAGGAAUGAGUGGGAAAGUGGAAGAUGACGCAUCGGUUGGUCUCCUUGAUGGAAAGCGUUCAUUCCCUGUCUCGCUCCGGAUCUCGAGAGGACCCAUAGCUGGCCCGCCUUUGCCUGAGAUACACACAGACAGUCUCCCUCCUGGAGAUUUCCCUGCCAACGUGACCUUUGUCAAGGGGAACUAUGUGCUGGAAAGUGAUAUGUUGCUGCAGACGCAAAGGGAAGAGUAUGAUGUGAUCCUGUGUUUGAGUGUGACAAAAUGGGUCCACUUGAACUGGGGUGAUGCAGGACUCAAGCGGCUCUUCCACAGGGUAUACAAGCACCUGCGGCCAGGAGGACUCUUCAUUUUGGAGCCCCAGCCCUGGAACUCCUACGGCAAGAGAAAGAAACUCACUGAGACCGUCUUUAAGAAUUACUAUAGCAUCCGGUUAAAACCGGACCAGUUCUCCUCCUACCUGACUACUGAGGUGGGCUUCUCCAGUUACGAGCUCAUCGGAACAUCACCGAAUUAUUCUAGAGGUUUUCAGAGACCAAUUUACCUUUUUCACAAAGGGCCCUCACCUCAAAAGUGACGCCAACAGUUUAACCGCCAACCUUGAGAAGAAAACACAAGACCUGGAUUUGGAAAACAACCAGCAUUUGAAGCCACUGGAACUUUAAGCAGUUUUCUUUGGAAGUAGAUUUUCAAUAUUUUGAACUCUCAAAUGGAAUCUCAUUGGUGCGGAGUUAGCAUUAAAUUGUUCCCCUGCCUUUGAAAAUAAAGGGAAAUAUCCAUUGCCAUUUUUUUUUCAAGGACUCUACUGAAGGCUUACAGGUGCAAAUCAGAGUUUUUCCCUAACUCAAGCAAGCUGUUUUCAUCUCUCGUAAAGAGCGGUCUUGUAAAGAAGCACAAAGUUAAAAUUCAAUUAAGUAAUUUCUCCUAAGCUCCUGUUAAACACGAUCAGUUUUUCUUUUGGAAUGAAAUUCCCCAAAAUGCUAAUUCCUAGCACACAGAGCUGCUAAAUGACCAUCUAGAAUUGAAAUGUUUGGUGAUUGGGGUUGUGAACAUUUUUUUUUUUUCUCUCUCAAAAGGAAAGAUUAGAGCAUGUUACCAGAUGUUCAGUUUUCUGAUUUUUGCUGUUUUGUUGUUGUUGCACUGUCGUAUACAAAUUUUUUCUUUACGUUUUGAGCAAAGCAUUGCUAUUAAAAUAGGAUGCUUUUGACAGCUCUAGCAUCUGUCUGCCCAUCAGCCGUUUUGCAGCCAGUAUGAACAAACGCCAAUAGCUCAAUUUGUUGUUCAUCAAUUAUAUUGCCUGGUCUAACAGGAUCCUAAUGUUGUCCCAGGGAGUUUUGAAGCUGCAGGUUAGCUGAUUUGCUAUGUUAAAGUGUUUUCUGAUCUAAUGUCCCGAAUAAAAGUCGGGAUUUUACCAGAAGGAUGCAAUUCCUUUUUGGGGUGGUGGGCCACAGAAUGAAGUUUAAACGAUGUUUUUUAUGUGUUUUGUUCUGAUUCUCCAAGUGUUAAAGUUUAACACAAACUGAGGUACUUUUUUGUAAAAUGUUUGUCCAGAGUUCUUGUCACAACUGAGGUGUAAACUUGUUGUUGUUAGUUUUAUUGCUAUUGAAAGGUUUGCACUAAAACGAGAGAACAAAUUUGUCUCCCACAUUUGUAUUUUAUUGUGCAAAUGUACAGUUGGUGUGUCUCUGAAAAGGCUUCUUUUCAUUC